CCGUUUCCCAGCUCUGAGGCCAGCCCAGCGGCAUCCAGGCUAAGCUGAGCGGAGCUGCCCUUAGCUGGCCUGGUGGUGCAGAAUGGAGCUGCGACCUUACCAGUGGGAGGUGAUCAUGCCGGCCCUGGAGGGCAAGAAUAUCAUCAUAUGGCUGCCCACGGGCGCUGGGAAGACCCGGGCAGCCGCCUAUGUGGCCAAAAGACAUCUAGAGACUGUGGACAAAGCCAAGGUGGUUGUAUUGGUCAACAGGGUGCACCUGGUGACCCAGCAUCGUGAGGAGUUCAGCCGCAUGCUGGAUGGACGCUGGGCCAUAGCAACCCUGAGUGGGGACAUGGGACCAAGGGCUGGCUUCGGCCACCAGGCCCGUAGCCAUGACUUGCUCAUCUGCACAGCUGAGCUGCUGCAGAUGGCACUGACCAGCCCCGAGGAGGAGGAACACGUGGAGCUCAGUGACUUCUCCCUGCUUGUGGUGGAUGAGUGUCACCACACACACAAAGACACUGUCUACAACAUCAUCCUGAGCCGGUACCUAGAGCAUAAACUCCGGAGAGUGUGGCCCCUGCCCCAGGUGCUAGGUCUCACAGCCUCCCCAGGCACUGGCGGGGCCUCCAUGCUCAGUGGAGCCAUCGACCACGUCCUGCAGCUCUGUGCUAACCUGGACACGUGGCGCAUCAUGUCACCCCAGGAACACCAACCCCAGCUGCAAGAGCACAUCCGCCAGCCCUGCAAACAGUAUGAUCUCUGCCAACAGCGCAGCCAGGACCCAUUUGGGGACUUGCUGAAGAAGCUCAUGGACCAAGUCCACGACUACCUGGAGAUGCCCGAGUUGAGCCGGGACUUCGGGACGCAGAUGUACGAGCAGCAGGUGGUGGAGCUGAGUCGGGAGGCGGCUGAGGCCGGGCUCCAGGAGCGGCGAGUGUGUGCAAUCCAUCUGCGGCGCUACAAUGACGCGCUGCUCAUCCACGACACAGUCCGCGCCGUGGACGCCCUGGACGCGCUGCAGGACUUCUACGACAGGGAGCGCGCCACUAAGAUCCAGGUGCUGCUUGCCGAGCGCUGGCUGCUGGCGCUGUUCGAUGCUCACAAAAAUGAGCUGACCCGCCUGGCCACUCACAGCCCAGAGAACCCGAAACUGGAGUUGCUGGAACAUAUCCUGCAGAAAAAAUUUGGGAGCUCCGACAACCCCCGGGGCAUCAUCUUCACCCGCACCCGCCAGAGUGCCCACUCCCUCCAGCUCUGGCUCCAGCAGCAGCCCAGAAUGCAGACAGUGGACAUCAGGGCCCAGCUGCUCAUCGGGGCGGGGAACAGCAGCCAGGGCAUCCAUAUGACCCAGAGGGACCAGCAAGAGGUGAUCCGGAAGUUCCGAGUUGGUAUCCUGAACCUCCUGGUGGCCACGAGUGUGGCUGAGGAGGGUCUGGACAUACCCCACUGCAAUGUCGUGGUGCGCUACGGGCUCCUGACCAACGAGAUCUCCAUGGUCCAGGCGAGAGGCCGUGCCCGGGCUGGUCAGAGUGUGUACGCGUUUGUGGCAGCCAAGGGCAGUCGAGAGCUGCGGCGAGAGCUGACCAACGAGGCGCUGGAGGCCCUGAUGGAGCAAGCGGUGGCCACUGUGCAGAAGAUGGACCAGGCCGAGUACCAGGCCAAGAUCCGGGACCUACAGCGGGAAGCCCUGGUCAAGCGGGCAGCCCAAGCAGAGCAGCGGCUGAGCCGGCAGCAGCAGUUCCUGGCAGAGCGUGUGCGGCUCUUCUGCAUCAACUGCUCCGUGGCUGUGGGCCACGGGAGUGACCUGCGGAAGGUGGAGGGCGCCCACCAUGUCAACGUGAACCCCAACUUCUCGAUCUACUAUACUGUCUCCCAGAAGCCUGUGGUCAUAGACAGAGACUUCAAGGACUGGAGCCCUGGGGGUACCAUUAGCUGCAGGAACUGUGGGGAGGCCUGGGGUCUGCAAAUAAUCUACAAGUCAGUGAAGCUACCAGUGCUCCAAGUCCGCAGCAUGCUGUUCGAGACCCCGCGUGGGCGGCUCCAGGCCAAGAAGUGGUCCCGCGUGCCUUUCCCUGUGCCUGACUUCAACUACGUGCAGCACUGUGCUCAGAACCUACGGGACCUGUCCCUGUAAUGACCAUUUUGUCGCUGCAGUGCCUGCCUCAGGCUGCAGGGGGCAGUAGAGUCUGCAGCAGCUGCCAUCUUUCGCCUUGAGUCACCAACUUGGGGCUGCAUGCUGUCCAGCCACAGAGGAACCCUGGGUGGCCAGGCUGGCUCCGGCACCCUCACUGAGGAAGCAGCUGGAGGGCCACAGCCUGCUUCACACCCACUCUCCUAUGCACUGGAUGGAGUUGGGGGGAAACUGAGGCAGGGGGCCACCAUGCUGUACUAGGAAUUAUAACAGUUUCCCUUGGCCGCUUGUCAACCCAUUUCUGCCAUGAUCACUUCCAUUUAUUGAAGCUCCUCAUGAAUUAAAAAUAGACAAAUGGAAAAAAUGGGAUAGCUAAUUUAUAGUAUUUUAAAAACAGCUUCAUGGAUAUAAUUGACAUCAAAUAAACUGACAUAUUUGAAGUGCAGUUUGAUAAAUUUUAACAUAGGUAUGGUCCUCCACAAUCAAGAUAAUGAACAUGGCCAUCACCAUUAACCAUUUCCUCAUGCCGCUUUGUAAUCCCUACCUUCUGCCCCUCCCCAUCCACUGAUCUGCUUUGUGGUUUUUUUUUUUAAUAAUAAAGUUUUAACA